UCCACCACAUUUUGGCGUUGUCGAAGGCAGGACGGUUGUGAACAGCGGCACGGAGGACUCCGUGGGCCUGGGGUUUUGCAAACCAGGAGAUCAACGAUCAGCCUGCCUCUAUACCUCGAAAUAAAACAUUUCAGAGAGAAGGAGGCCAGGACCGCGGAGGACUCCAAGCUGUUUUUCCACUCCGUAAAACGAACAGGAAGAGAUUUCUGGCAGCACGGUUUGAAAACCGUGGAUCCGGUCUUGGACAUCCCACCCCUGUUCCCAAUCCCCGCCGCACGGAAGAGGAAGAGAGCAGCCACGGUACCAACGACCCGACAGACGAGAGGCGAUCGGGCACGGGAACAGCUCAUCUCACUCCUCCGCCGCACUGAAGCAGCUGCGACCGCUGGAUUGCCAGUAUUCCAAGGCCUCACAGAGGAAACUGAUGAGGACGGAGAUGAAGCUGAUGCAUUUCCCAUGAUUCAAGUCCCUACACAAGCAGGGGGAAUAGGCCUGGUGUAUAGGGCCUGGACUGAAUUAGACAUUAAACAAGCGACAAGCCACCUUCCCCCGUGCAAAAACUCUGGUACACAAUUUACCAUAGCCCUUCAGGCAUUCAUUGAGACUUUUCUGCCCACUGUUCCAGAAAUACGACGUCUUCUGAUGGUAAACCUGGGGCCUAUGGAGUAUGCAAAGAUCCGACACCUUCUCCCCGAAGACCCGACCGAUGAUCCAGUCCUCCUCCAUCCAAAUCUCGCAAAUAGAGCAAAUGAUGGCUACAAUGACCUGCUGGAUGAGCUCUCCACCGGACUAGAGACCGUGUUUCCAGACAGAAUCGACAUGACACGUGUGACAAACACCAAGCAGUAUAAAAGCGAGACGGUGGAGGACUUCCAGCACCGGCUUUCUGAGACUUUUGAUAGACACAACGGCAUCGCUCGCACCACUGCCGCCGGAGCAGUGGUUGAACUUUGGGAAGCUCAUUUCAAAAACGUGUUUUUGAGUGGGCUGCUCCCUGACAUACGAGCUGAAGUGGACAAAACCUGCAUUGGACUGCCCGAUUCAGCCCUGGUGGAGAUUGUUAGACAUGCUAGACAUGCUGAGAAAAUCCUGACCAGCACAAGAGAAAAGACGGAGAAGAAAAGACAACAAAACAGUGAUGCUGCACAGUUAACCCUCAUAAAAACUGUGGCAGCAAUGUCUCAAGAAAGAAGGAAUGCGGGCAGAGGAAAAGGCAGAGGCAGGCCAAGUGGAAGAGGCAGAGGAAAAGGCAGAGGAAGCAGAGGCAGGGGCCGUGGCACAUAUCUCGAUGGUGGACAAAGACACUUGCUACAACUGUGGCGAAAGGGCAUUGGGCCUACGAAUGUCCCCACCCCAAGAAGGACUCGUCCAAGGGACAGCGCAACGACCCCCAGCAGUUUGCAGAUUGACAGGCGGUGGGGGAUGGAAAGAUGGGUGGAAUGA